AUGAUGCCGUACUGUUGAAAGGAUCGUGGAGGAACACAUAGUGCCAUCAGCAGUAAUGUCGACCCAUAUCCUUGGUCUAGAUGUGGGCACCACCUCGGUAAAAGCAGUUCUAUUAGAAACUGACACCAGAGCGGUGACUGCGAGCCACGUUUUACCUACUACGUCCGAUAUUAUCGACAGUAGCGAGAUAAAGGUGACCCGGGAAUAUGAAGGCGCGUGUCUCCUGUGUGUAACCUGGCUACGUUUUCAGGCUAAAGAGCAGGACACUGGGCGGAUCAUAGACGCUCUGAAUCGGUGCAUCGGCCUCCUGCCCAGAGACAAACUGCAGCAUGUCAGCAGCAUCGGGCUGUCCGGACAGAUGCACGGGGUUUUAUUUUGGAAACGAGAGAGCGGUUGUGAUUGGUCCAACAGAGACUUCUUCACAGCCAGAGACACCAGUCAGCUGAUCACCUGGCAGGACGGACGCUGCAGCAGUGACUUCCUGUCCUCCCUCCCAAAACCAGACUCACAUCUCAGUGUAGCCACGGGGUUCGGCUGUGCAACAAUCCUCUGGUACAUGAAACACAGACCUGAGUUCCUUGGAGGCUUCACAGUUGCAGGUACCAUCCAGGACUAUGUGGUGUCCAUGCUGUGCGGUUUGGACGGGUGUGUGAUGACGCCUCAGAACGCAGCCAGCUGGGGUUUCUUCAACACUUCCACGGACCAGUGGAACAUAGACAUUCUGCAGGGGGCCGGCUUCCCUGUGACCCUGCUUCCUCAGUGUGUGCCAUCUGGUGGAUUGGCAGGAAAGACGUGCUCUGACUGGCAUGGUAUUCCUGCUGGUACGCCAGUGGGAGCCGCCCUGGGGGACUUCCAGUGCUCGGUGUACUCCUGCAUGAGAGCUCGGACAGAUGCAGUUCUUAACAUAAGCACCUCCGCCCAGCUGACCUUCGCCAUGCCAGCUGACUUCAGACCUCCAGAUUCUCCUCAUCCCGCCUCCUCCAUCUCCUACUUCCCCUACUUUGACUCCUCGUACCUGGCAGUGGCGGCGUCGCUCAACGGAGGGAACGUACUGGCCACUUUUGUGAAGAUGCUCACCACCUGGAUGAAAGAGCUUGAUGCUGAGCUGAGUGACACAUACUUAUAUGAGAAGCUGAUUGGUUGCGCCCUGAACCAGGAAACCAGUGACCUGAGGGUGAGUCCCACCAUCCUGGGAGAGAGACACAGCCCUCUCUGCCUCGGUCAGGUCACCAACAUCUCCGCCUCCAAUCUCUCUCUGGGUCAUGUGACCAGGGCGCUGUGUCGCGGAGUCCUGGACAACAUCACCUCGAUGAUGCCUGCCGAGCGUCUGCAGCAGGCAGGCGUCAGCAGGAUCGUGGGCAGCGGGAGCGCACUCGCUCGCAAUGAGGUGCUGAGACAGGAAGUGGAGAAGGCGUUUCCUCAGCCGGUGGUGUACAGGCAGAACGCAGACUCUGCUGUUGGUGUGGCCAUGGUCCUCUGUGACCGAACUUGAAUGAGACGCCACAGGGGAAUCCCUUCCUGUUUGAAUGAUUAACUAAUUUUGCACAGUUCUGAAUAUCACAACAAGUGGGUUGUGGAAUAUUUUGGACCAAAACACAGAAUCGACCUAAUAAUCGACUGAAACUAGUUACAAAUCUGCCUUCAAACAUUUAAACUCACUGUGACUGAGCCGCUUUUAGAGAUAUACCAGACAUCUCUGGGUUUACUUUGUUGUUGUUUAGUAGUGUUUCUUUUUUUUCCAGCACUAAAUCAGUAGAGCAACGAAUAUUUCUGCUGUUUUGGAAACAUGCUCCUCAUCAUUCUUCGGAAUAAAAUCUACUGUAGAGCUAGGACCAGAGCAGUGUACUGUGCAACAACAAAAUGUGCUGUAAAUCACUGUUGGUUUCUGCACCAACGCAGACGUAGUCAGAGUAAAAUGCAACGAGUUUAUGUUCAUUCCCUGCGUUUUGGUUUUAUAUAAAUUCAAUGAAGCAUGAAUAGGCUAUAAAGGAAAAGAUAUUACCAUGUAAUUAUUGUUUUCCUUCCCCCUGGCUGAUGGUUUUUCAUGUCAGGUUCGUUUGUGAUUCCCUCUGGGUCGAGUAUUUCCAGCUCUCCAUUUAACAUCACUCCUACAGAGUGCUCAAAGGGGGAAUCUGUAGAUUGCUGCAGACCUUAGUGUGUGUGUGUGUGUGUGUGUGUGUGUGUGUGUGUGUGUGGGUGUGUGUGUGUGUGUGUGUGUGUGUGUGUGUGUGAGCUUUUUGUGUCUGAUGGAUGUUUUUGUGGUGUUGCACAUGUACAGGGGUCUGUAUCAGAAAGCAUCUUAACCUUGCUCACUUAUUAUUUAUCGUUAUCAUCCUCGAUAAUUGGUUUCAUGCAGCUGGUAUCAACUGGCUCAUUUCCUGUAACUAAAGUGAAUAUCAUGCUCACAGACCAAACACAUGCAGCGUAUUAUGAUACAUGAGAUAUGACAUGAUGUGAGGAUUUUGUUUUAUAUUUGAGAAAAUAUAUUUACACAACUGGACUGAAUAGGAAGCCAUAGAAACAUUUGUAAUUCACCAGACUAAUUAACUGUGUGUGGAUUUCUCUUUUCUAAUAAAAAGUCAAUUACCAGCUCAUUGACUCUCAAACUUUGCCUCAUGUUAUUCUGAGUUGUAUUAAAACGAUCAUUACCGCAGCAGGAAUCUGUUUCAGUUUGAUCGCCUUUGCCACAUUUUCCUAAUGUGUGAUAUAAUUCUGAUGGAACGUAAAGUGAUUCUUAUGAUCCGUGAAGUGGAGAGUGCCUUGCUCAAGAGCUGCACUUUAGUAUUUGUUGAGGCAGUGGUGAUUGAAUGUUUACUUGCUCAGUUCAUCCCAGCAGAUUCAAGCAUUCAGGUUGAAUUUUCUUUAGACUUUAUCCAUCCUGCCUUAAUGUCAGAGGACAGCUUGUGGUUUAGAUGGAUGAUAACUUUCUUUGCCUUCUCUUGAUUGAAGUCUUGAUUCAUUCACUCUUAAUUUCUGCUACUGACAGGUGGAUAAAUGUCCUCAGUUUUGUCAGUUGUCAUGUGAUUACUGCAUCUUCGUUUCCAAGGAGAUGACAAUAAGUUUAUUUACCACUGUAGAAUUUGUUUUGCUGUUGGUUUUCGUCAUGACUUGCUGCUUGUUUCAUGAUUCAGUCUAGUAAGAGUCAAAAAGAUCUAACUGUUAAUCAGAGAGAAGACACGUUGAACUGUCAAGGCUGGAAACUUAACACUGUAACUGGGAGUUUGAGGGGCCGAUGCCAGGGGUGGAGCAGCCCCCCCGAUGUCUGGUGUGACUUCCUGUCACGAACAAACGGAACAAACAGCAGUGAUGAGAUCAUGUUAAAAAAAAUAUUUAAAGAUCAAACAAGUAGCUGUAGGUUACGUAAACGGACACUUACUGUACAUGGCAUGAAUGCAAGAACAAAGUUAAUGUUCUACUAUAAAACUGAAUGAUAGAAUCAUGUUUCUGUGUUUGAACACCCGUAGCACCCACGGGUGUGACGCGCCUGGUUCAAUCAGAUUAUGGCAAACCAUAAUUUCACAUGGAAUAUUUCCAGCAGCUGUGCUGUUGGUGGCUUCACCAAGCUUUUUUCUUAUAAUAAUGAAUAUACACUACAGUUGUAACUAUGCAAAACACAGUGUUAUUAUCAUUCAUUUCACUCCU